UUGAGACACCAUGCCUGGAGGUAUUUAAUAGACGGGUAGAUGAGGUACUUGGGGAUGUGGUUUUGUAGUGGACAGGUGUGGUUGCACUCAUGGUCUUCUCCAACCAAAUGGUUGUAUGAUCUGUCCCAGCCCAUGUGCGUGUUUCAGUUGCAGGAAAGAAGAGGGAAGCUUGAAAUAGUUGGGAUUACUUUUGUUUCAGGGCGUGCAUAAUCUCCUGGUGGCUUUGUGUUUCCUGAGGGGAAACUCUUGCAAAAGAAUUGUUUCUUUCUGCGCUCUGCUUUUGCUCUCCAGUUAGAAAUAUGAUCCUUAGCCUGGAGAUUUAAAGGUUGAAUGUAAUUGAAGGUGAGGCACAAAUUAAAAUUGGAAUAUGCAUGGCCCUUAAAUAGGUGGAACAAAAAUAUGAAUGAUUUUAUGAAGCCAAAAUAAUAAUAAGCUUUCUACAGUUUGCAUAGGGUUUCCUGAUCUAGAUCAAACAUGGACCCUGAAGCUGAGGUAAAGAAGCAAGUAAACCCUUUCUACUGCAAUAUUUGCAAAAUCUGGUGUGCUUCUGCAUUAAACUUGCAGACUCACUUCCUUGGAUUCAAACACAAGACGGUUGAAGAAGCAUUGAAAGCUCACGGCAUUGUUAAAACAGCAAGUGGCUCAGGGGAAGAAGUGAUAACACCUGAAAAACUUCACGAUUAUGUGCAAACCGAGCCAGAGAGUUUUCAUGGACGGACCUUGGAAGAACAGCUUAAUACGUGUAAAGAUUCAGAACCUGCACUUGGACUGAAUUAUGUAAUUGAGUACCGAUCAAAAGACAGUGUACCUUUUCUCUAUGAAUGUCAACUGUGCCACUGUAGAACAGGACUGAGUAACAUGUUCAUGCAUGUUUGCGGUUCCAAGCAUAGACUGGCAUACCUGAAACAACAUUAUCCUGAGAUUGCAGAAUCUGAUGAAGUUAAGGGUAAAGGCUCUGAACUGAACAGAAAAGUUAGGCAAGUUGCAUUAACAAUUGAGAAGAAAGAAGGAAGAAAACAAAUAAAGGUUGUUACAGAUGCUCCAAUAAUGAGGAGGCGAUGGCAAGACUGUACGUGUGCUCAGUGGGAUAUAAAUUGUACAUUUCUAAUUUGGCGUGUUUGUUUAGAUCCUAAUGCAGAUGACAGCCCUUCAAAAGCUAAAGUUCAGCAUGUGGAUGCAUCACUUAGUAAUGAAGAAAAAACAGAGUGUAAAAAUAAGGGUGGAAAAAUGCCAGAUUCUAUUGAAGGUGAAAAGAAUGUUCAAGAGGAGCAGGAAGAAGGUCAGGAAGAACCAGAUAAGGAGUUUGAACCUAAUAAGGCAGUUGUAAGCAGCAAAGGCGGCAACCCCGAAAAGUGUGAAACCAAUAAACAAUCGCAGGAAGGACACAAGGAAGCUGAGCAAGAAUUUACAGCGAAUCCUGAAGAUUUCACUAGUAAAGAAGAACUGUUGGGUUAUUUGCAAAGUUUUGAGAUACUGAAUGAAGGCGAUGCUUCAUUUAUCCUGGAAGUUACACAAGCUCUUACAGAAGCACUGGUGGAAUAUCGUCAGCGGGCUGCAUCAAACAAAGACCUCUUAGAUACUGAAUAUAAUGGAGAAGCAGCAUUGGAAUGUUCCCCAGAAGAGUCUGACCUGACUGCAGCAGAUGUUAGUGACUUGGAUACUGGUUAUUCAAGCAGCCGAUCAGUUAUGCAGUACUUGACAGUAAAUGGAGAUAAUGAAUGCCAGAACUUUUCAACUGGUUCUUUGGAAACAGCGUAUGAGAAUAACAUCACUACUGAAUUUUUGAACAGCGUCAGAAAUAUGAAUGUUGAGGAAGUUACUGCUACUCUACACAAAACAGCAGCAGCAAACCCCGCUUUCCGACGUAAUUCAUGUAUGCAUGUAUACACACACAGACACACAGAGAUAAAACCAUACAUAACAUAAUUUUGUGAACUCUUGAAAUAUUACAAACUACACAGGUCAAAGAACUUCGAGGUAUUAAGGAGGGAUGAAGAAACUUUUCUUCCUCCCCUUUACAUUUUGCAGGAUCCAGUUUAGGAAUGGUAAUUCAAAAUGGCUGCCUUCCCAUGGAGGUGCUGAUGACUGCUGAAUUUCUUCUUGAAUUCUUUUCUCAUUUGUGCAUAGUAACAUUUCCAUGGUGAGAGAUGAUAAACUAAAAUCAAGCAUAUUGUUAUUAGAAAAAAGCAGAAAUUUGUGUCAGGGAAACCCUGGUGAGACACUGGUUAGGGGAAUGCCAGCAGCAAAGACAUUUUUACUUCUUGAUUCCUGAAGGAACGGUACUUGCACAAUAACACAGAAAUAAUAACGAAUCCGAAACAAGUAGCCGUCUUUCUUUUGCUCACGGUUUCUGUGGCAGCUACUAAGCCUUCCCACAUCUCCAGUUAAAUGCUGCCCUUUCUUCAGAAGCUUCCAGUGUACAUUUCUAAGCUUCUCAGAGUGUGUUUAAGAUGAUCAGGGUUAAAAAAAAAGAACACCUGAAGUGCAUUGUAAAGAGGAGCUUAAGGUGUUCUUUGCCUGAGUGCUUACUUGAGAAGAAACUGGAGAGACCUGCAAGUGCAUGCCAGAACCUCUCCAUGAGCCUGUACAUGUGCACAACUCAGCAGAGUAUCUAUGGAAUGGAAUUCUGGAACAAAUUGAUGACAUAAACCAAUUUAUUAUUUUCAUGGCUUUAACCCUUCAGUAAGUACUACCUGUUCCUAGGGACCUCUGGAACAAAGUGGUUAAGUUUAUUGAUAGCAGUGAUUUCUCCCAUAAAGCUUCCUUUAGAACCUGAAAAUUUCUGGGUGGCCCAUGUAGUUCACUUCUAUGUGUAUUUGGUUUUUGGGGUUUUUUUGAAAGCUUUCUUUGUUGUACGUUGCUCUCGACUGCUUGCUCGCUGUCCCCCACCCCCAGCAGCUGGACUGGAAAGAGAACAGGAGGAACAAAAGUGACAAAACUCGUGGGCCAUGAUAAAGACGGUUUAAUUAAAGUCAAGGGAAGGGGCGGGGGGACAAAUGAUGCAAAGACAAUUGCUCAGCACUUCCCAGGAGCAGACCUAUGCUUGCCCAGCCAUUCGUGAGCAACAGACACCUUGAGGGACGACUCCACCCCUUUGCCUCCCCAGUUUUUAUCACUGAACAGGAUGUAUGGAAUAUUCUUUGGGCCAGUUUGUCCCAGCUGCGUCCCCACCAGUCUGUUUCCCAUCCCCAUCCUACUCACCGUGGGAAUGCAGAGUGGGAAAGAGGGAAAGCCCUGAUGCUGUGCGAGCGCCCUUCAGCAAUAGCCAAAAGACAGGUGUGUUAUCAUUGCUGUUUUGGUUGCAGAUCCAAAACACAGCACCAUACAGACUGCUAUGAAGAAAGUUAACUCCAUCCUGUCCAAAACCAGUACAGGGAUCCAGGUGGUCCUUGAAAUUUGGACAGUUGAUUAGAAACAGCUUAGAAAAAACACGUAGAAAUUAGUGGAUGCCUGGAAAAAUAUGAUCUGCUUAGGAGUGGUUGGGGGAGUAAUGAAUAGAGCUUUUGUGAUGAGAAAUCCUUCCUGACAGACUUUUCUGGAAUAGUUUGAAAGGGGUCAGCAAAGGAGUCAGGUAAAAGUGAUCCAGUUCCCGUAGUCUGUUUGGAAUUCCAAGAAGCUUUAGAUAGAUACCCUAAUCAGAGGCUUUUAAGGAAACUAAGUGGCUGUAGGAAAAGAAAAGAAUCCUUAUGUUGUUUAACUAAUAAACAGAUAGCUAGUGGGCAGUUAGUAUCUUCACCAAUUACACGGAUAAAGGGAUAAGUAUCUGUUUCCCUUAUUUCAGAUAAAGGGCUUAAUUGCUGCAAAAGGUUUAGAGAAGGCAACAAAAUAUGGGAAUAUCUUGCGUAUAAGAAGCAACAGAAAGCUAGGACUCUUCUUGGCCUGGAAAAGAGAUGUCUGAGAGACUGUAAUAGAGAUUUGUAAAAUCACAAGUAGAUGGAGAUGACAGGAUUCUAUUGCUUCCGAUCACUUUUGAUCCAUAAACUUGGAGUAGUGAGGGAAUUAAACUUCAAAAUGGACAGAAAGAGAUGGUUCUUCAUGCAGUAGGUGGGAGGAAGAUCUAUGGAACUCCUUGCAAAAGCAUGCUGUGGAUAUGUAAACUUUAUGCGUCUUUUUGUCCUCACUGUCUGGGCCAGACUGGACAAGUGUUUGGAAGUGUGGAACCCAUUGAGGGCUACUGCCAUAUUAGACUUGGAAACUUCCCUGAGCUGAAGGUGAUCUGCGGUUGGGGGAAGAGAAUAUUCCCACACCCUACCAAUUGUCAGGCACAUUUGCCUUGCACUCACUCUUCCCUUAGCAUUUGUUUAUGGCCACUGAAUGGUUAUUACCACCACUUAAGCUCUCUGUGUAUUGCUUCUACUCCUCUCCCCCUACUAAAGUCAGGGGCAUUAGUUUCAUCAAAGCAACAUGGCCUUCUGGCUUGUGUGCAGAAGAGGAAACUUUGACUUGUCGUUACAGUGGUGAAAUCAAGCGCUUCUGGUCGUGCUUUCCUCAUUAUCAGCUGCAGCUCUUUGAAAGUUGAGACAAGAAUAGAGGGACAACCUAGAGUCUUUAGUUGAACCUGUGCAGCUGUUUAUAGCAAUAUACACUUAAAAUUCCUAGGCACAUCGUCAUUGUUAACAGUUACAGUAUUUUUCAUCCUCCAGUACUUCAAGGGGGACCUUCGAGUACUUAAAUGGGGCCUACAGGAAAGCUGGAGAGGGGCUCUUUAUCAGGGAGUGCAGUGAUAGGAUAAGGGGGAAGGAUUUUAAGCUGAAAGAUGGUAGAUUUAGAUUAAAUAUUAGGGAAAAAAGGUUCCCUGUGAGGCUGGUGCUGCACUGGCACAGGUUGCCCGGGGAAGUUGUGGAUGCCCCAUCCAUUGGGGUGUUCAAGGCCGGGUUGGAUGAGGCUUUGAGGGACCUGAUCCAGUGGGAGGUGUCCCUGCUGGUGGCAGGGGGGUCAGAACUGGAUGAUCUUUAAGGUCCCAUCCAACACAAACCAUUCUAUGAUGCUAUGAUUUAAUAAGAAAUGACACAAACUCAUCUCGGCACCUAAAUGUUUCAGUACCACUUGCACUUUCUAAUGUAUUUCAUCAUCAAACCAUUUAUUUUCUGGUUUUGUUUGUUUGCCUUCAACUAAGGAAUCAAUAUACCAAAUGUUAUAAGAAUCCUGACUGAAAGUGGAACUCUGAGAAGACCAAGCAACGGCGGCACACAGUGAUAUGGUAGUUAAUAGAGAGAAUACAGCAAUGUUUACUUUCUCUAAGUUUGAGAUUAUGAACUUAAUAUGAAUUCUGUAGCUGAUUUCGCUAUUUACAAAAUUUUGUAGAGUGUUAGUGAAAUUAAUAACGUAUUUGGAGAUUCUUGGUGUUUGUUCCUAUAGCUGUAACAUCUGUAUUUGUAGAAAGUUUGUAAUGCUCAUAUUUGUUCUUUCCAUCUUAAGACUUCCUUUAGAACAGGUAACUUGUUUUUCCAAACAUCUUUAAAUACCAGCAUUAAAUGCUGUCAGUCUGGUUGUAAGUUGAGAAGUUCCUGGAUUAUAGCCAAUCUCAGGAGCCUAGAUAUUAUAAUUGGAAGCUUUAGCAAAGUCAGCAGAGGUUGGCCAUGCUUGCAAAUUCAGGGAUGCAUCCCCAGAGAUCCAGCCAGACUAUGAUAAGAGGCACUGAUGUGAUAACGAAAGUAUCU